AUGCUCGGAAAGUCGCUCCCCGAGUACAUCUUCAUUCUCUUCUCCAUCGCCACUCUCUACCUCAUCACUCCAGCAAGUUUAAUCUACAUCGUAUUCUACGCCUAUACCUACAUCUAUCUCAACUCCAACACCUACCUCGUGUUCUCAACGUGCAUAUUAGGAUACUCCCUCUUGGAAGCUCUAUUCUUGUUCGUUGUGUAUAGGCCUAGAAAGAAACGGUUGGCGAAGGAAGCUCUAUUAGAUACACCAGACCAGCUUACUCGUACCGAACGGGAAGCUUUAUUCACGAGAUGUGCCAGUGUCGUGUUUGGUCCUUAUACCACCUAUCCCUCGGGGUGGUUCAUCAACUCCAAGCAAGAUAACGUUCGACUGCGGAGAGAAAACGUCAUCGAAUGGUUACUAUGGGCGUUAUUUGCAUGUGAACGCGAAAAUGCGCUUUUAGACGAGUGGAAGGAUGAGAUGGAGGGUUAUAUUAGAAGCAUAGAGGAGAGACUGGGGUAUAGCCUAGAAGAAGGCCACGACGAGAAUGCAAAGUCUAUGCGGUUAACGUUUGAUGAACUCGAGUCGAGUUAUAGACCUUUAGUGUGGUAUAUUAUUGUGGGUAUCGUAGAUUUCAUCACAGCUUGUCGUCUCUACUUUCACGGAUUCAAACAGUACACACCGGAACGCAACAACCUCCCCGUUCACCUAUUCUCCAUCUUUCCAUUCCGGUUAUUCAACCUCCUCUCUCGUCCCUCGGCAACCCCCCAUCUCCCUUAUUGGUACCGCCCACAUAAAUCAGCAACUAAAGAUCCAAUCGUUUUCAUACAUGGUAUCGGAAUAGGCCUAUACCCCUACGUUUGCCUCAUCGCCUCGCUGGUACGGGAAGAUCCAGACGUCGGAUAUCUACUCAUAGAACUCCUACCGAUAAGUAACCGAAUCCUCAUGCCCUACGUCCGGCCUUCUUCUUCUUUUGGGGUAUUCCCAAUCCCUACACGACGCGCAAUGCUUGAGGGGCUGUAUGAGACGAUGAGAUCGUUUGGUGAAUCAUGGGCUAGAGCGGUGUUGGUGACGCAUUCUUAUGGGACUGUUGUUGCUGCGUAUGAUGUUCGGACGCGACGGAGGGGGGAGAGGGAAGGGUAUCACGAUGAUCACGAUGAUGGGGAGAACGAGGACGAGGACGAGGCACCGCCUAUACCGUACUUCACGUCCUACAUACUCAUCGACCCCAUACCGUUCCUGUUGAACCUUCCCCCCGUGGCAUACAACUUCAUGUACAGAAGACCAUGGCGCUCUCAAUCUCAAUCUCAAUCUCAAUCUCAAUCUCAGGUUGGUGUAGUUUCAACCUGCAACGGCCACGAACAGGAACAGGAACGCCAAUCCCGGUUCCGUUCUCGUUCUCGUUCCCGAUGGCAGAAGUUUUGGACAGGAUACAACGGUAAUGAAUGGCAGCUUUGGUUUUUUGCUUCGCGGGAUUUGGAAGUGGCGUAUACGCUCGCGAGGAGGUUUUUUUGGGAUGAUGUGGUUUUGUGGAGGGAGGAUUUGGGGUUGGGGGUGGACGUACCACCACCACCGGCAGUGGCGAAAGUGAUCGAUGUCGAUACCGAUGUCGAUGUCGGUGCUGGGGCUGGGGCUGGGGUCUCUCCGCCCCCGCCUCCGCCUCAGAUGGCCGUAGUCCUAUCAGGCGACGACCAAAUCAUACCUGCGUCGAGUGUAAAGGAAUACUUGGUUGAAGGGGAUGAUUCUGAUCAGUGGGUGGAAGAUAAGAUGGGGUAUUUUACUCGUUAUACGAAUACGGAUACGGAUACCUCCGCCUCGCCGGUUCUUAGAGAGGUGUUGUAUUACCCUGGAUUGGACCAUGCUACGGUGUUUGAUACGCGUCAGCGGAGGCAAGGGCUUGUUGAGGUUAUUGCCCGGUUUUCUUCUGCUAUUCCUACUGCUACGGCUACGGUUACUACUUCCCUGGUGGAAUAGAGACGUACGUUACGAUGUUUUGAUUUUUAGGUUGUGAUCAUGUUCUCUGAAUUCGUAAUAUCAUUUCUUGUACCCUCG